AUGUCAGAUAUUUCGUGCGAGCCUCCGUCGAGGUCAUUCAAGGGUCAAGUUGCUAUCGUUACAGGUGCUGGUUGUUCGGGUGAUGGUAUUGGAAAUGGCCGCGCAAUAUCCAUCAUGUUGGCUGACGAAGGGUGCGAUGUGGUGUGCGUUGAUCGGGAGCUAGAGUUCGCAACCAGAACGUGCGAUAUGGUAGGGUCGAAACCCGGUAGAGGAAGCGCUAUCGCCGUUCAAGGGGAGGUCUCAUCUGAAGAGGACUGCAAAUCUGUCGUACAGCUUACGCUUGACAGGUUCGGACGCCUGGAUAUUCUUGUAAACAACGUUGGCGUGGCAGGCGCCCCGGGAACUGCUGUGGAUGUGGACAUGGAACACUGGGCCAAGAGCAUGGAGAUCAACGUAUCAAGCAUGGUGAUGAUGACCAAAUACGCUAUUCCAGCCAUGAAGAAAAACCCGCAACCGGAGAAUAAGGGCUGCAUCAUCAACAUAGGCAGCGUGGCAGGACUCAAAGGCGGUACACCACAUUUGCUCUACCCAACCAGCAAGGGGGCUGUCGUGAACAUGACACGAGCCAUGGCGGCGCAUCAUGCCAAAGACGGUAUACGGGUGAAUUGCGUCUGUCCAGGUAUGCUUUAUACCCCUAUGAUGUACUCUGGUGGAAUGAGUGAGGAAUCAAGGGCCGCGAGGAAAGCCAGGAGUCUGCUGGGCACCGAAGGCAAUGGGUGGGACUGUGCUGCUGCCGUUGUCUUUCUCUCCAGUAAUCAUGCUAGAUGGAUAGCUGGCGUUAUUCUGCCAGUAGAUGCCGGGACUACUGCAGCUGUCGGGAUUGGAAUGCCGAAAGGCGCAAGUGUCAACGCGUAG